GCCCACUGGCGCCCUUGAGCCCAUAUCUUUCAUUGUAGGCUACUCUUGUUUCAGAACAACUCGUGAAGAUGGCUGAAGUUGCACCUGCUGCUCCCGCUGCUGCCGCCGCUGCUCCGGCUAAAGCAACAAAGAAGAAGACCGCGGUGAAGGCGAAGAAUGCCGGACCAAGUGUCAGCGAAUUGAUUGUCAAAACCGUGUCUGCCUCCAAGGAGCGUAGCGGGGUUACUGUGCCAUCGAUGAAGAAAGCCCUGGCUGCCGAUGGCUACAACGUUGAGAAAAACAACUCACGCGUCAACACCACCAUCAAAGCUCUGGUUCUUAAGGGAACUUUGAUUCAGGUGAAGGGCGCCGGAGCUUCUGGGUCUUUUAAGAUCAACAAGGAGGUAAAGGCGAAGAAGCCAGAGGUCAAGAAGGCAGCUGCCCCUAAAGCCAAGAAGCCCGCAGUCAAGAAACCUGCCGCUGCCAAGAAGACUACCCCAAAGAAGGUCAAGAAAACUGCUGUCAAGAAAGCUACCCCGAAGAAGGUGAAGAAGCCCGUCGCGGCCAAGAAGGUGACGCCCAAGAAAGUUGUCAAGAGUCCCAAGAAAGCGGCUAAGCCCGUUGCUAAGAAGACCCCGGCGAAGAAGGCAACCAAGCCCAAAACAGUCAAGAAGGCAGCCCCAAAGAAGAAGUAAAUUCUCUCAUCAAGCUUCCUUGAUCUCUGCACCCCACAAAGGCUCUUUUAAGAGCC